UAGUCGUCCGGCGGUCCGGCCCGAGGUGGUUGCAGCCUGGCACCAUGUUGCGCGCUGCAAGGCUGAGCAACAGGCUGUGGGCCCGGCUCGUCCCCCGCCGCGCCCUGACGGCCGCCGCCCUCCCCGCCCCCAACCCGCAGCCCCAGGUCCUCUACGACAAGAUUUUCAUAGGCAAUGAGUGGCAUGAUGCCAUCAGCAAGAAAACUUUCCCCACGAUCAAUCCGUCUACUGGUGAGGUGAUUUGUCAGGUGGCUGAAGGUGGCAAGGAAGACGUGGAUAAGGCAGUAAAGGCAGCCAAAGCUGCAUUCCGGGUGGGCUCGCCCUGGCGGCGGAUGGAUGCUUCCCAACGUGGAAACCUGCUGAACCGUCUGGCAGACCUGAUCGAGCGGGACCGGACCUACUUGGCAACCCUGGAGACCCUGGAUAAUGGCAAACCCUAUUCAAUCUCCUACCUGGUGGACUUGGACAUGGUGGUCAAAUGCCUUAGGUACCACGCUGGCUGGGCUGAUAAAUACCAUGGGAAAACAAUUCCGAUAGAUGGAGACUUCUUCAGCUAUACCCGCCACGAACCCGUCGGUGUCUGUGGUCAGAUCAUUCCGUGGAACUUUCCAUUGCUUAUGCUUGCCUGGAAACUGGGACCAGCCUUGGCAACUGGGAACGUCGUCAUAAUGAAGGUCGCCGAACAGACUCCCCUUACUGCCUUGUACGUGGCCAACUUGAUCAAAGAGGCAGGCUUCCCUCCUGGAGUUGUCAACAUUAUUCCUGGCUAUGGCCCAACAGCUGGGGCUGCCAUCGCUUCCCACAUGGAAGUGGACAAAGUGGCGUUCACAGGCUCUACGGAGGUUGGCCACCUAAUUCAGGUAGCUGCAGGGAAGAGUAACCUCAAGAGAGUGACUCUGGAGCUGGGCGGCAAGAGCCCCAACAUAAUUAUGUCAGAUGCCGACAUGGACUGGGCAGUGGAGCAGGCCCACUUCGCACUGUUCUUCAACCAGGGUCAGUGCUGCUGCGCUGGCUCCCGAACCUAUGUGCAAGAGGACGUUUAUCCCGAAUUUGUGGAGAGGAGCGUUGCUCGGGCCAAGUCUCGCGUGGUUGGGAACCCCUUUGACAGCCAGACUGAACAGGGGCCUCAGGUGAAUGAGGAGCAGUUUAAGAAGAUCCUUGGCUAUAUCAGUGCGGGGAAACGAGAGGGGGCAAAACUGCUCUGCGGAGGCGAGGCCGCUGCUGAAAGGGGCUACUUCAUCCAGCCCACCGUGUUUGGGGACGUGCAGGAUGGCAUGACCAUUGCCUCAGAGGAGAUCUUUGGACCAGUGAUGCAGAUUCUGAAGUUCAAGACCAUCGAAGAGGUUGUGGAGAGAGCCAAUAACUCUAAGUAUGGGCUGGCUGCAGCUGUCUUUACCAAGGAUCUGGACAAAGCCAAUUAUAUAUCCCAAGUCCUACAGGCCGGCACGGUAUGGGUUAACUGUUACGAUGUAUUUGGUGCCCAGAGCCCGUUUGGUGGUUACAAGAUGUCAGGGACUGGUCGGGAGCUUGGAGAGUAUGGCCUUCAGGCCUAUACAGAAGUGAAAACGGUCACCAUCAAGGUCCCUCAGAAGAACUCUUAAAGAGGAGGAAUGCUGCAUGCCUUAGCCAUCUAUGCAUUUGAAGUCUAACAGUGUUGAAUAUUGAACCAGAGAAAAGAUUCCUUUGAGCCUAAGGUUGCGGGAGAGGAACCCCCUGGAAUGACAAAAGUUUCAGAAUCUGUAUUCUGUUAAGUAGGGUUGCUUGGGACUGACCCUUUUACUGGCUCUCUGCCCUCCUCUUUUUUUUUCUUUUUUUUAAUACCAAGAUGUCUAUAUAUGCUAAUAUCUUUCACAAUACCUAUCUGUGAAAUUAUCCAGUGGGGAAAUGUCCAUUAUUCAAGGUGUGAACAAAAUACACUGAAUUAUUGAGUUGACUUUUAGCCCCAAAAAAUAAAGGUCCAGUUUUCUGCACAAUA